AUGACGCUGAAGGCGAGCGAGGGCGAGGGCGGGGGCGGCAUGCGCACGGCGCUUUCCGAUCUCUACCUGGAGCACUUGCUGCAGAAGCGCAACCGGCCCGAGCCUGCGUCACCCCAGCUGAGUGCUGUGAUGGAAGACAUGUACACCAACGGGCCCGCUGCCCCAGGGAGCCCAGCCCAGACUCAGGGCCAGGAGACCCGGAAGGUGCGGCUCAUCCAGUUUGAGAAGGUCACCGAGGAGCCCAUGGGAAUCACACUGAAGCUGAAUGAGAAGCAGUCAUGUACGGUGGCCAGAAUUCUCCAUGGGGGCAUGGUCCACAGACAAGGCUCACUUCAUGUUGGGGACGAGAUCCUAGAAAUCAACGGCACAAACGUGACUAAUCACUCAGUAGAUCAGCUGCAGAAGGCGAUGAAAGAAACCAAAGGAAUGAUCUCAUUGAAAGUAAUUCCCAACCAGCAAAAUCGACUUCCGGCACUGCAAAUGUUCAUGCGAGCGCAGUUCGACUAUGAUCCCAGAAAGGACAACCUGAUCCCUUGCAAGGAGGCGGGACUGAAGUUCGUCACAGGGGACGUCAUCCAGAUCAUCAACAAGGAUGACAGCAACUGGUGGCAGGGGCGGGUGGAAGGCUCGUCCCAGGAGUCAGCGGGCCUGAUCCCCUCCCCUGAGCUGCAGGAAUGGCGAGUGGCGAGUGGGGCCCAUUCUGCUCCAAGUGAGGCCCCUAGCUGCAGCCCCUUUGGGAAAAAGAAGAAGUACAAAGACAAGUACCUGGCGAAGCACAGUGCAAUUUUUGACCAGUUGGAUGUUGUUUCCUACGAGGAAGUGGUUCGGCUGCCCGCGUUCAAGAGGAAGACCCUGGUUCUCAUCGGAGCCAGCGGGGUGGGCCGCAGCCACAUCAAGAGUGCCCUGCUCAGCCAGAACCCGGACAAGUUCUCAUACCCUGCCCCGUAUACAACACGGCCGGCCAGGAAGAGUGAAGAAGAUGGCAAGGAAUAUCACUUCAUCUCUACGGAGGAGAUGACACGGAGCAUCUCCGCCAAUGAGUUCUUGGAGUUUGGCAGCUACCAGGGCAACAUGUUCGGCACCAAGUUCGAGACUGUGCACCAGAUUCACAAGCAGGACAAGGUCGCCAUCCUGGACAUCGAGCCUCAGACCCUGAAGAUCGUUCGGACAGCAGAACUUUCACCUUUCAUUGUGUUCAUCGCACCCACUGACCAAGGCACUCAGACGGACGCCCUGCAGCAGCUGCAGAAGGACUCGGAGGCCAUCCGCAGCCAGUAUGCGCACUACUUUGACCUCUCACUGGUCCAUAACAGCGUUGAGGAAACCCUGAAGACAUUGGAAGAAGCCUUUGACCUGGUGUGCCGUUCCCCCCAGUGGGUGCCUGUCUCCUGGGUUUACUAA